AUGGCAAACAAGUUCGCAAUUUCCUUGGUACUCUCCUUCUUCUUCCUCUUUCACUUAUCAAAUGCGGCCUCCUAUAAUGUACUAAAAUUUGGUGCAAAACCAGACGGGAAGAAGGACUCAACACAGCCAUUCCUCAAGGCAUGGGCGGCUGCGUGUAGCUCAGCUACUGCAUCGACAAUUUAUGUGCCUAAAGGAAGGUACUUGAUCAAGGCAGUAGAGUUUAGAGGUCCGUGCAAGAAUAGGAUUACUGUCAAGAUUGAUGGAACCAUUGUGGCUCCAUCGGAUUAUCGAGCUCUUGGCAAUUCUGGGUAUUGGAUUUUGUUCAUUCAGGUUAAUAAAAUCUCUGUCCUUGGUGGUACCCUUGAUGCUAAAGGUGCUGCCUUCUGGGCUUGCCGGGCGUCUGGAAAGAGCUGUCCUGUUGGAGCUAGGUCUGUAACAUUCAAUUGGGCAAACAACGUCCUGAUAAGUGGGUUGACAUCAAUUAACAGUCAGUUGACGCACCUUGUAAUAAACAGUUGCAACAAUGUUGAAGUUCGAAAUGUGAAGCUGGUAGCUCCAGAUCAAAGUCCCAACACAGAUGGAAUCCAUGUUCAGACAUCAACAGGAGUAACAAUCACCGGUAGUACGCUUCAGACAGGAGACGAUUGCAUAUCCAUUGGCCCUGGCACCAGGAACUUGCAUAUGAGCCGUAUUAAGUGUGGCCCCGGUCAUGGCGUCAGUAUUGGCAGCUUGGGCAGACAAUUCAGUGAAGAUGGAGUACAGAAUAUAACCCUAACAGAUGCACUUUUCACAGGAUCAGAUAAUGGUGUAAGGAUCAAAACAUGGGCUAGGCCCAGCACUAGCUUUGUAAGAAAUAUUCUCUUCCAGAACAUCAUCACGAGGAAUGUAAAGAACCCUAUUAUCAUUGACCAAGACUAUUGUCCUGACAACAUUGGUUGUCCUAACAAGAGUUCUGGUGUGAAAAUCAGUCAAGUAACGUAUAAAAAUAUACAAGGAACAUCAGGGACGCCACAAGCAGUGACAUUUGAGUGCAGUUCCAGUAAUCCAUGCAAGGGAAUAAGAUUACAUGAUAUAAAGCUUACUUACAUGAAUAAGGCUGCAACUUCUUCAUGUAAGAAUAUAGCUGGAGCCAGCAGCGGACUAGCCAUACCUGAGAGUUGUUUAUAAGAAUAACAUAUUAAUCUAUUUUCUACAAUGUUAAGAAAAAAAUAAUUAAUUAGCCUUCGUAGUGAAAAAGGAAAGUAAAAGAAAAAAAAAAGGAAAGAAAAGAAAAAGCUUUUUAGUUUAUUUAUAUUUGUGGGUAUGCACUCCCAUGUGGAAGUGGCUGUUUUAUGUAAUGUGCACUCCAUAUGUGGUAGUGGCUAUUUAAUCUGAUGUACAUGAUUAUCCAGUAAUUAAACUUGUGCUAAUUUAUUU